AUGGGGAAACUCACUGAUGAACGCAAGCAGGGGCUGUGGGGGCAGUUUCUCAAUGUGAAUAAGCUUGGUCUCAAGUUCGAUGGGUCAAUUAGCACCAACGGGUAUUCUGUUGCCAUCCACUUCAAGAAGCCUGGGCUCAAGUAUGGGCAUCAGGCGCGGAAGCGCAGCAAGGCCCAAAUGCGGGAAGGGGUCAAGCAGCUGUAUGUUGAGCACCACAUUGAUGAAUUAAGGGAGGCUCCAAACAUCGUCUGCAUUGAUCCAGGCAAGCGUGAUCUCCUGGUCUGUCGAGGAAUCGAAAAGGAGCGCCCAUUUCGAUACACAUCCAAUCAGCGGGCGGUCGAGACAAAGUCGCGGUACUUUCAAAGAGACUUGAGAGAGCGAAAGAUCAAUGCCGGCAUUGCCGAGAUGGAAUCACAUAUUCCAUCGCACAAGAGUAGGAACAUCGAGGCGUUCUCAGCGUUCAUUGUGGAUCGCGUACAUGCGGAUCCCGCCCUGGAUGAGUUUUACGGGGAUGAGAUUCACGUCGCUCGCAGAUUCAAGGCGUUCUCACUGCGGCAAAAGUCUGAGAGCAAGCUCAUUACGAACAUGCGACGCCGGUAUGGAAAGCAUUUUUCGGUCAUCUUGGGUGAUUGGAGCGACGCUGGGAAAACGAUGCGCUUUCAGGAGUCAUCGAAGACCAAGGGAUUCCGCACACUCUUUGCAAGAAACAGCAUUCCAUGCUACUUGCUAGAUGAGUAUCGAACGUCGUCCGUGUGCCCCCACUGCCACGGUCGUGUGAGGAAAAACAUCCGACGAUGGCUAUCACCUCGGCCGUGGCAAGCUAGAAAGGGAAGAAUGGAGUUCGUCCAUGGAUUGGUGGGUUGCCCCAACCCCGAAUGUAUCAACCAAGACUGGACGCCAUUUGAGAUUCCUGGAAGACAAUCAUUACGGAUGAAAGUGCACAAUCGGGACGUCCUAAGCACCAAGAAUUUCCUCUCGAUUGUGCGCUCGGUGGUGCUUGGCAAUGGCCACAGACCAGACGCAUUCUCCCGUAACCGGUAGUCUAGAGUUUUCACCCCAUCCCAUUUUCCGUGGUGGUUAUCUGCCAUCCACAUCAUUGUACCUCUGCCGGAGGCAUCGCCGAUGAUGGCAACUUGUAAGAGAAAUACAAAAGGGUGAGCUGGGGUACGUAUGCGGCGAAGGUCUUGGGGGUGGAAGCGGAUCAGGCGGACCCACACGUCGGAGUGUUGGCAUUGUUCAUGGCGCAUUGCGCUGGUUGUUUUACGCCCGUUUACGAAACCAUGUAGAGUAUUCAGAUCCUUUGGAAGCAAAAGAUAUGAGAGUGAACGAUUUGUCCCAUAUUCGUGUGUCUGUCAUUUGGAAAAAGUCGCUCAAAAAGCUUCUCCC